UACACACAAAAGCAGCCAAAGCAGAGCACCCUCCCCUGGACACACCCUGCCGAGGAACACUGCUUCUCUUUUUUUUUCCUUCUUCCCCCCCGAUCCGUCCACACCACUUGGAGUGAAGGCUCUUCCUGGUCUCCAGACUGAACGAGAAGCUCUACCUCCCUAUUUCUACCAUACAGAGGACAUCUACAAUCCCCCCAGGGCUGAGAUCCCUCUGGCGAAGAACUGUAUUUUUUUCAUUUUUUUCUUUUUGUUUUUCUUUUCCUUUGGACACGGCAACUCCAGCCAGAAACACUAAAAGCCAUAUCAUAUUAAGGCCAUAGAACACAAUACACACGCAACCUCCAGCCUCAAGACCAGUGCAAAGAAGGACCUAUAUCUCUUUUAUUGUACGUCAAGAAUGGUUACUAUAAUCAGCACCAUGGAAACCCAGGUGUCCAACGGUCCGAGCGGAACUAGCCUUCCCAAUGGUCCAGUCAUCAGCACCAACGGUGCUACAGAUGACAGCAAAACCAACCUGAUUGUCAACUAUCUGCCCCAGAACAUGACCCAGGAGGAGUUCAAGAGUCUGUUUGGCAGCAUCGGUGAAAUCGAGUCCUGCAAACUAGUCAGAGACAAGAUAACAGGACAGAGUUUGGGCUACGGAUUUGUCAACUACGUGGACCCCAACGAUGCGGACAAGGCCAUAAACACAUUAAAUGGUCUCAAACUGCAGACCAAAACAAUAAAGGUUUCAUAUGCCCGGCCGAGCUCGGCUUCCAUCCGUGACGCCAACCUCUAUGUCAGUGGCCUCCCAAAGACCAUGAGCCAGAAGGACAUGGAACAGCUCUUCUCCCAGUAUGGACGCAUCAUCACAUCCCGCAUUCUCGUGGAUCAAGUCACAGCAGGCAUAUCGCGGGGAGUAGGUUUCAUCCGGUUCGACAAACGGAACGAGGCGGAGGAGGCCAUCAAGGGGCUGAACGGGCAGAAACCCCUGGGUGCGGCGGAGCCCAUCACCGUCAAGUUCGCCAACAACCCUAGUCAGAAGACGGGCCAGGCCCUGCUGACCCAGCUGUACCAGACGGCCGCACGCCGCUACACGGGUCCCCUCCACCACCAGACCCAGCGAUUCAGACUCGACAAUUUACUAAACGCCAGCUACGGAGUCAAGAGUUCUCCUUCUCUCCUUCCCAGAUUCUCCCCCAUCACCAUUGACAGCAUGACCAGCCUGGCGGGGGUCAACCUCACAGGGCCCACCGGCGCCGGCUGGUGCAUCUUCGUGUACAACCUGUCCCCAGAGGCGGACGAGAGCGUGCUGUGGCAGCUCUUUGGGCCCUUCGGUGCCGUCACUAACGUCAAGGUCAUCCGUGACUUUACCACCAACAAGUGUAAGGGCUUCGGCUUUGUCACUAUGACCAAUUACGACGAGGCGGCCAUGGCCAUCGCUAGCUUGAACGGCUACCGCCUGGGCGACCGCGUGCUGCAGGUGUCUUUCAAGACCAGCAAGCAGCACAAGGCCUGAGACAGAUGGGUUGCCACCACCACCAACAUCAUCUCCUCCAUUCUGCUUAGAGUACUUGAGCUAGCUCACUGCUACACGGGCCUCGACUGGGUCUGUCUCUCUCUCUCUAUCUAUCUCUCUCUCUCUCUGACACACAUUCAUAAAAGCCCUUCAAAUUCCGACAUGCUCUAGCAAAACACACACAUACACACGAGUCCAUACACACCAGGCAAUGAGACAUAUCUCAAAUCAAAGAUACAGAAGUCAGAGUUUCAAAACACACUCAAUAGUGGAGUUGUUCCUUUUUUUUUCUUUCUACACAACAUGCUACACUUUCCCCAUAUUUGCCUGGAUUGAA